AUGAAGAAAGUGGAGGAGGAGAGUGGUUUCACGCGCCUUGCCUCAUUCGUCUGCGAAUGUGAGCAUUUCACGGAGGAAGAACUCCUAGCUAUUGAAGCUUCUCUUUCAAACCCUAACAAAUUACGUCGAUUCAACGAUCACACUCCCCGCCGCCGCUUGCCCACAUCGCUUAUCGCUCUUCAAGCCUCAAAUUCUUCUUCUUUAUCCCCUCUUCCAGGCUAUUCAAGAAUGAGAUUACCUGUAAUGAAGUUUAGUGGUCAAAUUCUAUACAGCAGGACUUCUAAUGCUGUAGAAAAAGCUGCGACACAACUCUUACAAGUUCUGGAUGAAAAAAAUACAAAGAUAAAGCAAAUUGCAAUUGGACUUGACAUUGAGUGGAAACCCUCCUUCAGAAAAGGAAGCAGAGCAUUUCUAUCGGUAGCCGUCAUGCAGAUAUGUGUGGACAGUAGUCAUUGUCAUGUUCUGCAUCUAAUUCAUUCCGGAAUCCCUCAAAAUUUACAGCUUUUGCUUGAAAAUCCCGAAGUCAUGAAGGUUGGAGUUGGGAUUCACGGUGAUGCUACGAAGUUUUUUAGAGAUUAUAAAAUAUCUGUUAAAGGUAUGAUGGAUCUUUCUUUUCAUGCUAAUAAAAAGCUUGGUGGUGAUCACAAGUGGGGUCUUUCAUCUUUGACAGAAAAACUUUUAUCGAAACAGCUUAAAAAGCCCAAUAAAAUAAGACUGGGAAAUUGGGAGACUCCUGUUUUGUCAAAGGAGCAACUACAGUACGCUGCAACAGAUGCUUUUGCUUCUUGGUGUCUUCAUCAGGCAAUCAAAGAUCUCCCGGAAGCCCAAGAAGUCAAGGACAUAAAGGAAUGA